GGUGGGGGAGGAGAGGAGAGGGUGGACUUUUGGCCUGCUCAUUGCAUCUCAUCUCUGUUGUCAGCAGCUGUAGCUCUCUCUGCUUAGUCCUGGAACUAACCGGAGAGCAGAGAGUCAGAGACAGAUCCCAAGAGACAGACAGAAACUUGGCAGAGAGAAGAGCCCCCAAAAGAGAACAGAGAAGGAGACAUUGGAAAAACUCAACGUGAAGAGCCCCAGUCAGAGUGAAAGGGAGCUCCUCCCCCCAGCCCUUUCUCGUCCCCCCCACCCCCCAACCCAGGUUCCUGACUUGCAGUUUCAGAGGCUCGGACUCUAAUCUCUCUGCCUCCCAGGUGCCCCUAGACUUCCCAUCAUGUCAGUUGCUGUAGAGAUACUUGGAUUCUUCUUGGGUGCGCUGGGGCUACUGAUGCUUGGAGUGACACUUUUCAACAGCUAUUGGCGUGUGUCUUCUGUCUAUGGCAAUGUCAUUACAACAUCGACCAUCUUUGAGAACCUCUGGUACAGCUGCGCCACAGACUCCACUGGUGUCUACAACUGCUGGGAGUUUCCCUCCUUGCUUGCCCUGUCUGGAACCAUCCAGGCUUGCCGGGCACUCAUGAUCACAGGCAUCGUUUUAAGUUCCCUGAGCGUCCUUCUAGGCAUUAUUGGCCUGCGAUGUACACAAAUUGGGUCUCUGACAUCUGAGGGCAAGGCCAGGCUGGCUGCUGCUUCGGGGGCCCUGCACAUACUGGCUGGUAUUUGUGGGAUGGUGACUAUCUCCUGGUAUGCCUCUAAUAUCACCCGACAAUUCUUUGACCCCUUGUAUGCUGGGACCAAGUACGAGCUGGGCCCUGCCCUGUACCUAGGCUGGAGUGCCUCCCUGCUCUGCAUCAUCGGGGGUGUAUUACUCUGUGGCCACUGCUGCUGCUCAUCAAAGAGACGUUCAACAAGUGUACCCUACAAGGCGUCCCAGACUGUAGUGCCCUCCAUGGAUCCGGCUUGCUUGCCCCCAGGGGCUUCAGACAACACUGAAGUAAGCUUCGACAAAUACGGGAAAAACGCCUAUGUGUAAAGGGACUUAGGCGGUAGCUUUUGCUCUCUUCUGUCCAACCAGCUUGGAGGGAACAGGAGCAUGGGCUCCCCAAAGUCAGACCUCCACCCACCCCCAGCUCUUUGGCUUCACCUCAAUUCUGAGCAGACUCCAAGCACUCCACCCUUACUCUGGCCCUGCCACUGAGCUUUGCCUGGAAUUUCAUGUCCCAACCCCUCCAGAGAGGUCUGGUUGGACAGCUUUCUUGCCAUUGCCACUUCCCUUGGCCAGAUGUUGAGAGGCCCUAUGGAAUACGGGGUAGGGGUCGGGGUAGGGAACCACCAAGUAUGUGUAUUUUGUAUAAAUAAAAGUUUAAACUACAA